UUACAUGUUAUGAUUCACUGACAUUGAAUUCACCCCGCUUCGCGCCGGGGGGGCACGGGGCGCACUUUUGGCCUACCCUAAUCUUAACCACCCACGAGGGCUGUGCGGUACGAUUUUUUUUUCGGUUGUUUCGGAAAUGUGCAACGAAAGCGACACGUUCGCGAUUGUGAUGCAAUUAGCGCGCUGAUAACAAUCGCGACGGCGGCGACGUAUUUUGUUUUAAACUGCGACGGCUUUAAUUAAUUCGCCCCCCUCGAAAUGUAUGGGGGUAGGAUGUCGGCCGAUACCGAACUGACGAGCAUGCAGACUGGGAUACAGCAAUUACUACCCGACAUUGCGACUCUCAGUUUACUGCAUAGACCCCAAGGAUUAAACCCGCACCAUCCCCAUCAUCCGAAUAUGCAACCGCAAACGGAGUCAUGGCAGUCCAGUCCCCCAUGUCAAACUUCGAGUCCAACCACACAAACCACAUUCGCAGAUCCGCUAUCAACGGGAACAUCUGGUGGUGCCUUAGGUGGCACGAGCACUGCCGUCGCGUUACCGGGAGCUGCUGGCGCCACACUAACGACGGGAACGCCCCCCGACCCGCCCCACUUUCAAUGUCCGCGUCGUCCAAACCUGGGUCGGGAGGGCCGUCCGAUCGGCCUUAAAGCUAAUCACUUUCAAAUUUCCAUGCCGAGAGGUUUCGUACACCACUACGAUGUUACCAUACAACCUGAUAAGUGUCCGCGAAAGGUAAACAGGGAAAUCAUCGAAACAAUGGUUCACGCGUACAGCAAAAUUUUCGGCAAUCUGAAGCCAGUUUUCGACGGACGCAACAACCUGUACACGAGGGACCCGCUGCCGAUAGGAAACUCGAGGGAGGAGCUGGAGGUGACGCUGCCCGGCGAGGGGAAGGAUCGGCUGUUUCGCGUCACGAUCAAGUGGGUGGCGCAGGUGUCGCUGUACGGCCUGGAGGAGGCGCUCGAGGGCCGCACCAGGCAGAUACCGUACGAGGCGAUACUGGCGCUCGACGUCGUGAUGAGGCAUCUACCUUCGAUGAGUUACACGCCGGUCGGUAGAAGUUUUUUUAGCACGCCCGAGGGAUACUAUCACCCUUUAGGCGGCGGAAGAGAAGUCUGGUUCGGUUUUCAUCAGUCUGUUCGUCCUAGUCAAUGGAAGAUGAUGCUCAAUAUUGACGUGUCAGCAACCGCGUUUUACAAGGCGCAACCAGUCAUAGAAUUUAUGUGCGAAGUUUUAGAUAUAAGAGACAUUAAUGAACAAAGAAAACCGCUGACGGACAGCCAAAGGGUGAAAUUUACCAAGGAGAUUAAGGGCUUAAAAAUCGAGAUAACGCACUGCGGCACGAUGCGUCGAAAAUACAGGGUCUGCAACGUCACGCGAAGACCGGCUCAAAUGCAAUCAUUCCCUUUACAAUUAGAUAAUGGACAGACUGUAGAGUGUACGGUAGCUAAGUAUUUCCUGGACAAGUACAAGAUGAAAUUGAGGUAUCCGCAUUUACCUUGCCUUCAAGUCGGCCAAGAGCACAAGCACACCUACUUGCCGUUAGAGGUUUGCAACAUUGUCGCCGGACAGCGGUGUAUAAAGAAAUUGACGGACAUGCAAACCUCGACGAUGAUCAAGGCCACUGCUAGAUCGGCGCCAGACAGAGAGAGGGAGAUUAACAACCUGGUGCGGCGGGCCGAUUUCAACAACGACGCGUACGUUCAAGAGUUCGGUCUGACGAUCAGCAACAACAUGAUGGAGGUGCGCGGUCGCGUGCUUCCGCCUCCCAAGCUGCAGUACGGCGGCAGGGUAGCGUCCCUCAGCGGACAGGUGGGCUGGCACAGCAAGCAGCAGGCGAUGCCGAACCAGGGCGUGUGGGACAUGCGAGGGAAGCAGUUCUUUACCGGCGUCGAAAUUCGAGUGUGGGCGAUCGCGUGCUUUGCUCCUCAGAGAACUGUGCGAGAAGAUGCCUUGCGGAAUUUUACGCAGCAGCUACAGAAGAUCUCGAACGACGCGGGCAUGCCGAUAAUAGGUCAGCCGUGUUUCUGCAAGUACGCGACCGGUCCCGAUCAAGUGGAACCAAUGUUUCGAUAUCUCAAGUCGACUUUUCAGGCGCUACAACUCGUCGUGGUUGUACUACCUGGAAAAACUCCCGUCUAUGCCGAAGUUAAAAGGGUAGGCGACACUGUACUCGGUAUGGCCACCCAAUGUGUUCAAGCAAAAAAUGUAAACAAAACUUCCCCGCAAACUCUAUCCAACCUUUGUCUUAAAAUCAACGUAAAAUUAGGAGGAAUCAAUAGUAUUUUAGUGCCAUCCAUUAGACCAAAGAUAUUUAACGAACCGGUGAUAUUUUUGGGUGCCGAUGUCACCCAUCCACCAGCUGGUGAUAAUAAGAAGCCUUCUAUUGCUGCUGUUGUUGGUUCAAUGGACGCUCAUCCCUCACGCUACGCAGCAACCGUUCGUGUCCAGCAACACCGCCAAGAAAUUAUACAAGAACUUAGUUCCAUGGUUCGGGAGCUGUUAAUUAUGUUUUAUAAAUCGACGGGCGGUUACAAACCUCAUAGAAUAAUAUUGUAUCGCGACGGCGUAUCCGAGGGGCAAUUUCUGCAGCUGCUCCAGCACGAGUUGACGGCGAUUCGCGAGGCGUGCAUCAAACUGGAGGCCGACUAUAAGCCGGGCAUCACGUUCAUCGUAGUACAAAAGAGGCAUCACACGCGUCUGUUCUGCGCCGAUAAGAAGGAGCAGAGCGGCAAGAGCGGGAACAUUCCGGCUGGUACGACCGUCGACGUCGGCAUCACCCAUCCGACCGAAUUCGACUUUUACCUUUGCAGUCAUCAGGGCAUUCAAGGUACUUCAAGACCGUCGCACUAUCACGUCCUGUGGGACGACUCCCAUCUGGACUCGGACGAAUUGCAAUGUCUCACGUAUCAGUUGUGCCACACGUACGUGCGCUGCACUCGUUCCGUUUCCAUUCCGGCGCCGGCCUACUACGCCCACCUCGUCGCGUUUCGCGCUCGAUACCAUCUCGUCGAGAAAGAGCACGACAGCGGCGAAGGUUCGCACCAGUCCGGCUCGUCGGAGGAUCGUACGCCGGGAGCGAUGGCGCGCGCGAUUACGGUCCACGCCGAUACCAAGAAAGUGAUGUAUUUCGCUUAAGUCUCGCGCGUAUUAAUUCUUGGUGUGCCAAAAAUUGCUGUUAUCAUCGCUUUUUGUUGUUGUUGUUGGCAGUCGAAAUACCAAAUUGCCAAAUGACCGGCCCCCUUUCUUUUGAAUUUCGUUUACGCUUAUUACGCACCUUAUAAUUUAUUUUUAAGUUUUAUCGUCAAUUGCGGAAUUUGGUAUUUGUAGUUUUUUAGUCGGUUAAACGUACCUAGUUUGGUGGGGAUGAUCAUUUUUCGUAUUGCCUUAUGAAUGUAGACAUAGCGCAGCUUGUCCUUGGCCGAUUUAUUUUUUAUUUUUUUUUUGCGUCAAUUGUACAUGUUCAGUUCGUUCCACCAUCCAAUCAGUGUGUAUGCGUAUGUGUGUGUCUGUCUGUCUGUCUGCGUCGUAACUGAAAUCUAUAGCUUUAAACCGUAAUGUCUUUCUAAACCUCAAGAGAAGAAGUCUUAAGCGGGAAGUUUUUGAAUCUUGGUGCUGACGUUCUGAAAACCAAAUUGUAUUGUACAUUUACUUUAGAUGUUAAAAUUUUAAAGGUAAUCUCGAAUCUAACCCAUCUUAUUUAUUCAUAUCUGCCGUGUGUACUAUAAAAAGAGGAAUGGGGGGGAGAAAUUGCAUAUUGUACAUAAUAAAAUAGCGAGAACUCUCUUUAUUGUUACAAUGGGUCUAGACAAUAAAAUAAGAAAGAAUACUUGUUUAGGCAACAUUCCAAAAAGCACAAACUAAUAGCUAGGUAUUUUUGUUUCGUUUAUUCGUAAGUGAUUUUUCGAAAUGUACUAACGUACGUUCGGUAUCCUGGGUGUCAUUUACGAGUAACAUUAUUCCAAUGUAUUUUUAAAUUACCCGGCGACGGGUACUAUUAUUAUAAGCGCCUCUGUUCGUAUUUUAUUUAUUAUUACUAUUAUUUUAAUCGUAGAGUAGAAAUUAGUGUGUACUGAAAGAUAGUCUUCAUUUUUACACGCGCAUGGUCUCUGCACCUCAAUAGAUGGCGUCGGCGUAAAUUUCUAUCGAACAGUGUUGUCAAGUGGCACCACUGUUAAGGUGAACGCCCGAAACCGUCUCAUGUGACCCAUCACAAUUUCAUCUCCUAGAAAGUGCAAUGCAACCCAAAAUUACCAAAGUACAGGUUGAGGUCGGGAUCUUGUAUUUUAAUUAGUGCCUACUGUGUAUCACGUGACCCAAAUAAUUUUAGUAUUAAGUUAAUCAGAGAUACUUACACUACAGUAGCUAAAGCGCCAGACUGUCACGUGACCCCCCGGGCGGUGAGGUUCUGCGCGAAAAUCGCGUGACGUGCAACUGUUUCUGUCCACGUCACGUGACCUUCGCGCCAGAACCCGACUGCCCGGGUUAGGUGGCCCUUUGACUACUCGCGACGGACGAGAAACGCAACUUAUUGUUCUUGUGCUCCCGCCGCCUAAUGUUUUUCUUUUUUUUUUAGUAUUUAGCCUUACGUACAAAUUUAGAUUUAAGACGACAAUAUUCGUGUUGCGUUUCCCUUUCGUCGCAAUCGCUGAAAAGGGGGGUAUUAAGCCGGGAAAUUUUAAUGUAGCAAAUUCCUCAUAAUGUUAGUUAGGAUCAAGACAAGUGGUGAGCUAAGUUGCCGUCGUUUUGUUAUACAUACAUAUCUCGGAAGAUAUUCAGACAAUAACCGAUUUCUCAUAUCAUGUUAAAUUUUCGAUCACAUACGGACAAAAAGAUAUCAACGCCCCCGCGCAUCUUAGCGUCACCGCCGGUUUUCUUAAGUCGUGUGCAGUGCAGGAGAGAGGAAUCAAUGUUCUCAAAUUUAAGUCUCUAUUUUUGUUGCUUUAAGCAAAUAGGUUGUUAUACGAGCCAAUUUUAAUUAUUAUUAUUAUUAAUAAUACUUAACGUACUACGUAGUCAUAGAGCAUAUCAAUUUUUGUUGUAGAUUUUAAGUCGCCCAUUACGUUGUCAUUUUUAAUUGUGGUUGCAAUAGCUUGUUACGUCGUAAACCUUUCAUUUUUACACUUUACAAAACAAAUUUGGUCUUGUGAAUCACGUUGACGUUUGUUAAUUAAACUG